AUGAAUAUUGAGCUGGAAGCUUUAGAACAGAACCGAACUUGGAUUAUCACUGAUUUACCUCUUGGAAAAGAUGCCAUUGACUGCAAGUAUGUAUACAAAACUAAGUUUAAAUCUGAUGGGUCAGUUGAGAGAUUAAAGCAAUCUAGAGCUGACUAUAGCCUGUUUACCAAGCUUGAUGGUACUGCAUUUAUUGCCUUAUUAGUCCAUGUAGAUGAUAUUAUUGUGGCUGGAAAUUGUUCCACAACCAUCACAGCUCUCAAGUCUUUCCUUAAUAGUCAAUUUAAGAUCAAGGAUCUUGGCCCUUUAUGCUAUUUUCUUGGCUUGGAAGUUGCUCGAUCUUCUAAAGGAAUUCACAUAUGCCAACGCAAAUAUGCAUUGGAUAUUUUGGCUGACUCAAGAACCCUUGGCAGCAAACCCACCAAGCUGCCCAUUAACCAGAAUUUUAAGUUGAGCAAGGAUUCUGGCGACCCCAUUUCAGAUCCCAGCUCUUAUAGAAGGCUCAUUGGUCGCUUAUUGUAUCUCACCCUCACUCGGCCUGAUUUAUGCUAUGUUGUGCAACUCCUUAGUCAAUUUAUGGACAACCCAAGGACUGAACACUCUGUCAUUGUUCACAAAGUGCUGAGAUAUAUCAAAGCUGCCCCGGGACAAGGUAUUUUGCUGCCAUCUACCUCUCAACUUCAGCUCAAAGCCUAUUGUGACUCGUAUUGGGUUUCAUGCCCUGACACUCGUCGAUCUACUACCGGAUAG